AUGAGUGACCAAGAUAAUAAAGAAAUUUCUGAAACUUUCUUAGAGUUAGCCAAAAAUGAAUUUAAAAUAGAAUCAAUUGAUAAAGAGGUUGAACAAUUUAAAAUUAGAAAAAUGGAAUCUGCAUAUAAUGAAAGAGAUACAUUGAUUGAGAAGAUUCCAUCAUUCUGGAAGAUUGUUCUUUCACAACAUUUAGAUUUUGCAAAUUAUAUUAGAGCUUCUGAUUUUAAAUAUAUUGAUGCAAUUGAAAAGAUUACAGUUAAAUAUGCUUCUGAUAUAGAGAAGAUUGGUAGUUUUUCUAUUACAUUCCAUUUCAAUGAAAUCAAAGAUGAUUUACCUGAACAAAUAAUAACUAAAAAAUUUAAGUUAGUGAAAAUUGGACCAAAACAAAGGAGCGAUGAAGAAGGAGAAGAUGACAAUACUAAGGAGACUGAACUUGAUGACAUUGAAUCCGAUGAGAGAUUAAUAAGUGAGGUUUGUGAUAUUGAAUGGCCAAAAGAAUAUAAUUCUAUUAAUCCUGAUUUGAUUGAGGAUAAAAAGAGUCCCGAAGGGAAGAAGAAUUAUAGACAAGGAAUGAAAUCCUUUUUCGGUUGGUUUAGAUGGACAGGAUUAAAACCUGGUAAAGAAUUUCCACAUGGUGAUUCAUUAGCCACAUUAUUGAGUGAAGAUCUAUAUCCAUAUUGUGUUAAGUAUUAUACUGAGGCUCAAAGGGAUUUUGCCGAUGAAGAUUCCUAUUCUGAUGAUACUUCAGAAGAAGGUAUUGAUCUAAGUGAAGAGGAGCAAGAUAAUGAUGAAGAACCUGCUAAGAAGAAAAUCCAUACUUCUUAA